CAUCCAUUCUAACUCAAGUAAUCAUAUUCAAUAUUCGAAUUUGAGAUCACCCCACGACUCCAUCGUGAUAUACAACCUUGUUAUCGUAUCUUCGAUAGCAUAACUUAGUUCCUACAAAACUUAUUUGCUUAUUACAAAUUACAUACUACACAAACUUAUAUAUAUAGCUUGAAGAUUAGAGUACCUUCUUCUAUCAAUUUCUCCAAGAAAAACAAAAUGUUGAGGAAGAAGCUGAGAAUUUCAACACCCUUUUUACAAAGAUUAUUAUUGGGAAGAAGGGAAAUAGUGAUUUCUUCUAAAACCCAAUUCGAUUUUCCAUCAAUUUCUCCAAAAGUUGAGCAAUUUCCUCAAUUUAUACAAUCUAGAAAGCUUAAUUUUCUUAGAAAAGAUUUGGGUUUUUCUGGGAGAACCCUUUUUAGCACUGAAGCUGCUCAAAAAUUUUCUUGCUGGAAUUGUUGUAAUGGGGUUUCUUCAAAUACGACACCGUUUCUUGUUUGCAAUGCUUGUGGCUGUGUACAACCUGUAGAUCAAUCUGUUGAUUAUUUCCAGAUUUUUGGACUGGAGAAGAAGUAUGAAAUUGAGGGGGAGAAUCUAGAGCGCAAGUAUAAAGACUGGCAGAGGAAGCUACAUCCGGACUUGGUUCACACGAAAUCUCAGAAAGAAAGGGAGUAUGCUGCUGAACAAUCUGCUCGUGUCAUUGAUGCUUACCGCACACUAACUGAUCCAUUGUCAAGGGCAAUAUACAUUCUGAAGUUGGAAGGUGUGCAUGUGGAUGAAGAGGAGAAGAUUGAUGACGUAGAGUUGCUGACUGAGAUGCUGGAAAUCAGAGAAACUGUUGACGAAGCUAAUGACUCACAGGAACUUAAACAAAUUCAGGGGCAGAUACAAGGAAAGUUCGAACAAUCAUCCAACUCUUUUGCAGACGCCUUCCAAAGUAGAAAGUAUGAAGAAGCUUUGGCUGCAAUUCGAAGGAUGACUUACUACAAGCGCGCAAACGAAGAGAUAGUGAGAAAGCUCUAGUUUAUGGAACUAAAGAAAAUGGGAAAUGGAGAAACAUGUAGAGUUGAUACAUGUUGGAAUUGAAUAAUUGUCAUAUCAAUUUACAUGCAACAUUCAACAUUCGUUGGAUGAUAUACGAAGAUUACUAUCUCCGUAAGGAGUGCUAGAAGAAAUUCAUGGGCUAUGAAAAGGAGGAAGUUGAUUUCUUUGAAAUACUGAUUUUAGAAUUUUCAUUAAUUGAUUUAUCCUUAUAGUGUACUGUAAUUAUAAUUGUUUGCGACUAUAGAUAAAUGCGAUGUUAUUUGUGUAUUUGUAGGGAGUUAUAAAAUGAUAUCUUGUAGAA